AGCCCCGAAUCUAAACCAGAGCUCUUGCUGGUUGCACUUAGUGGAGUCACUAAAAUCCUGAGGGAUGCUGGGCAAGAGUCCGAGGCGAAAGAAGACUCACGGGAGGUUGCAAGUAGUGGCUGCUCGGAGAAAGAAGAAAAUAUUUUAGAUAAGAAAAAUAAAAGGAUCUCAGGAAAUUCAUAUGCAGCUCCUAGUGAAACAGCACGUGUGCCUCCCUUGCAGUGAGACUCUCCAUAUGGCUCCUCCACAAGUGGUGAUAGAGAGAAUUUUCUGCUGAAAAAAAAUAAGCCUGGAGGUGAAAACUUCAAAGGGGCUGAACUCUGAAUCCAGCAAGAGCCUUAUGCACAUCCAGGAGCUGAGAAGAGCAAGCGUUGAUAAAGCACUUCAAAACCUCGCCAAGCCUGUGAUCAGGUUUCUCCUGCGGCUCCCCUGCGGUAGGAGCUUUGGCCAGCUGUACGAACACCAGCGUCGGUGGGGACCAAAUGCAAAUCAAACCCUUUGCAAUUACUCAAACGUACAGUGUGAAAGGCGACGAAGGCGAGGACAGUGCAAGUGUCCGGUGCGGGGUGGCGUUGAGCGGGUUAAGGGAAGCACUUGGGGAGCAGCCCGAGCUCCGGCCCCGAAGCCCCACUGAUGUAGACUUUGAGCAGUGUUCAGGGCUCAAAAUUGGGUGCGAUACUCAUGAGAUCCACUUCUUUUUGGUGAAGAAAAUCUACCUUUCAAGCUCGCAAUGGAAGAUGUGGGGUGCUUUGAGCUUUUGAUGCUCCUCAAUGGUCAGAGGUUUCUCAAGACGAGUGGUUCCCAGAGGAGCAGACAGGCACUCUGGGCUUGAAGCAUGGCCCCUGACAGCCAAGGGAGGAUCCUCAUGGACUUCAGGUCCCUAAUUAUCGGGUUUUGUGUAGUACAUUACGCCUGUACUUUUGCAGGCAUGUGUCCCUCUGCCUCGCUUGAAUUAUUAGCAUAUCCCAAAGGAGACAUAGAAGCCCAGACAGGUUCUUGGCAAAGAAAGGAGCUGCACAGGAUGGGCAGCAGGAGUCAGAGGAGGAGAAGGGAACAGUUCUUCUUGGCAUGAUGUGGCUCAAGAGCCCCAUGCCCUUGCUGGUGGCACACCAGCACCAUGGUGCGAUCCUGCUGGCCAAGGCACUGGCACAGGGCAUUGCAUUUUAAGGACAAGAUCCAGCUCUGGAUUAUAGCAGGAUAUCUCUGCCCUGUCUCAGUAGAUCUCAAAGUACCCAGAGCUUGUGGCCCCCACGGCCACUGUUUCACCUCUCCUGGAGUGUCGUGAAAAGAGAAGUUGCCCCUCUCAGCCCUGUAAUUGCAGCCAGCGAUGAGAAAUCAAACCGAGCUGAGCAAGACCUGCAGGAGCCAAACUUCUCUGGAAAUUAGGCCACCUCUGUUUAGGUGAUGGAUCCGAGCCCCGGUGGUUUGAAGCCUCUCGUUUGGUGCUGCCGUUCCUUCCAGGCAGGUAGAGGAGGUGUGUGGACUCGUCAGGCAGGAGAUGCUCAGCCCCAGCCGUGUCACCGGGGUGCAGCGGGCACCACAUCGGCUCCGCUUUCCGGAAAGAUGACCUGAAACCGAUUCCUGACUCUGAACUGUCCAGAAAGCUAAACCCCUCCGCGGAAGAGUUUGCUCAGCGGCACACAGGGCACCUCCACCUCUCCCAGGGGAGUCGCUACGAGAGGCGCAGAUGCAGCUCAGGUUUUCAAACCAUCAGGUGGAUUUGGCCAUGUGGGCCACCCCACAAGCCCCAUCCCGGGCAGGACCAGCGCCUGAGCCCCAGCUGGAGCCCAGCGAGGAGGCUCUCAACACCACGCUCCGAAAUCCCCGGGACACCCAGAAGUUUUGUCAGCCGCUCAUUUGAUGGAAACAUUACGCACUUGACUCUCACUCCUAAUGAAAAGCCUGCUCGCUGGGCUGUGUCUGUGGGUGCCCAGCCGGGAACAGGACCACAGAUGCUGCUCGUCCUUACCAGCACUCGCUGAGAUCUGGUCAGCACGGACGACCGACAGCCUGUCCCUCCCAAGCACGGGCCAUCAGCAGCUCAGGCAAAUGAAGUUUUCAGGAUGAAUCUGGAAAAACUCAGCAAACCAGAACUACUGACGCUGUUUAGCAUUCUUGAGGGAGAAUUAGAAGCAAGAGAUCUUGUCAUAGAAGCCUUAAAGGCCCAGCAUAGAGACACGUUCAUUGAAGAACGCUAUGGGAAGUACAACAUCAGUGAUCCAUUAAUGGCUUUGCAGAGAGAUUUUGAGACCCUGAAAGAGGGAAAUCAUGGUGAAAAGCAACCAGUAUGCUCCAAUCCCUUAUCUAUUUUGAAAGUGGUGAUGAAACAUUGCAAGAAUAUGCAGGAAAGAAUGUUAUCCCAACUAGCUGCUGCAGAAAGCAGACACAGAAAGGUGAUACUGGACCUGGAGGAAGAGAGACAGCGGCACGCCCAGGACACAGCGGAGGGGGAUGAUGUCACCUACAUGCUGGAGAAGGAGCGGGAGCGGCUCACCCAGCAGUUGGAGUUUGAAAAAUCCCAAGUGAAGAAGUUUGAAAAAGAACAAAAGAAGCUGUCAAGCCAGUUGGAGGAGGAAAGGGCACGCCACAAGCAACUGUCUUCCAUGCUUGUAGUGGAGUGCAAGAAAGCCACUGCCAAAGCAGCUGAAGAGGGGCAGAAGACAGCAGAAUUGAGCUUGAAAUUGGAGAAAGAGAAGAGCAGGGUCAGUAAACUGGAAGAGGAGCUGGCAUCCAAGAGGAAGCGGGGUUUACAGAUGGAAGCACAAGUAGAAAAGCAGCUCUCAGAGUUUGAUAUUGAAAGGGAACAGCUGAAAGCUAAGCUGAACAGAGAAGAAAACCGUACAAAAGCACUCAAAGAAGAGGUGGAGUGUCUGAAGAAAGCCCUGAAAGAGCUGGAGGCUUCUUGCCAAGAGCGCAGUCCUGCCGAGCCUUUGCAGCCAAGCCCCUCGGUGAUGUCCAGAGGUGUUGCAACUGACAGUCCCACGGUGAAGUCUGUGUCUUGCCAGACGGAGUGUCUGCAGGCAGACCGAGCAACUCCUGCCAGCACAAGCAAAGCUGUACAUACCAUGUUUCCCAGCCCUACUACACCUACUCAUUCCUAUGCAAAAUCCAAUGGUCAUUGUGAUACAGACGUGCAGAUGAGCAGUGAGCUACUGCAGGCAAAUGCAGCAGAGAACCAAGUUCAAAAGGAGAAAUCGACUGGGGCAGCCCCAGAGAACACAGUUGAGAAUGGAAGUUCUCCUGUAAGAACAGAGUCACCGGUGCAUCUGAUGUCCCAGUUCCCUUCCAGCGGGGUCUCCCUGUCUCCCAGCAGCACAGCUGCCUCCUCUCUAACACCUUCUCCCUGCUCCUCACCAGUUCUGACUAAACGCUUAGUGGGAGUGUCGGCAAGCAGCCCUGGCUACCAGUCGUCCUAUCAGGUGGGGAUCAAUCAACGUUUCCAUGCAGCUCGGCACAAGUUUCAGUCUCAGGCUGAACAGGACCAUCAGUCAAGUGGUCUGCAGAGCCCACCAUCGCGGGAUUUGUCUCCUACUCUAGCAGAUAACUCUGCCGCCAAGCAGCUGGCCCGCAAUACAGUCACUCAGGUCCUUUCCCGAUUUACCAGCCAGCAGGGACCUAUUAAGCCUGUCUCCCCUAACAGCUCACCUUUUGGCACAGACUAUCGAAAUCUGGCAAAUGCUGUGAGCCCCAAAAACGAAUCUGGUCACUCUCCAAGCCCUGGCAAGGUUUCCAGUCCGCUAAGCCCGUUGUCUCCUGGAAUUAAGUCACCGACCAUUCCUAGAGCAGAAAGGGGGAACCCUCCACCUAUUCCUCCAAAGAAACCCGGCCUCGCUCAGUCACCUGCUGCUCCUACUCCACUAACCAAAACCUCUUCCCCAACCCCCUCGCUGGGUGCCCCCAUGGACGUGGCAAGUAGCUGCUCUAACAAUGCCGUAGUGUCAAAUGGCAAAGACAUUGAGAUACUCCUGCCAACUAGCAGCUAGUCUCCAGAAAAUGUGAAUGUGACAUUCCGUGGCUUAGCAUCCUAAAGCUAAGACACUGUUUUUCCACUCCAUGUUAUUUAUUUCCAUAGUAGCAGAUUCUGUCUGUAUAAAGCAUUUAGUAUAUUUUUUUUUCUUUUUUAAUAGGUAGGAAAAUAUUUUUGUUUAUGGAGAAACCUUAACUACAGCUAUACAGUAGCCUCAAAAUGUCUCAUGGCAACAGUCAAAUCAUUAGAGAUAACAAGAACCAUAGUCAUGUGGUGGGACCUAACUAUCAAACUCUAAUGGGACUGAAAUGCUACUUUUAAAUUAUGCAGAAAUAACUUUUGCAGACUUUUUACUCCAGAUGAACAUUUUAUAAAGUGCCUGAACUAAGCCUGCAAUAUGAAUGUGAUUCUCUGGAAAAGGUGAGGAGGGGGACCAUCUAGCUGCAGAAUUCUUCUGUGAGUCAUGACUGUUGAAACCAACACUGUUUUUCUUUUUAAUUCUUUCCAUUUGCUAAAAUAAGUUAGCAAAUGUGCUACAAAUUCUGUAAGGUGACCACCAGGCUGACAGAGCCAGCCACGCUGUGUCCUUCAGGACAUCACUCCUAGCUAUUUGAGGAAGCACAUAUGAGUUUCUUGGGGUAAAAUUUAGCCAUAAUACAAUCCAGGUUACUUUUCUCUCGGUAUUCAUUAUCCGUGUAGUUCUUUUUGCUUUCCCGUAACACAUCCUGCAGAGAUGCCUGUGUGCUCUAAAUGGCUAAACUUGGUUUCUGGUGUGUCACCUGGAAUUUUCAAGCUCUUCAAGCAUUCUACUGUUGUGUGUAGAACUUCUGAGAAAAGGAUCUUGCUAUUACUUGACAAAGAUCUCACUAUUACUUGAAAAAAAUCACUGGUUCAUAUGAUACAGGUUUUUUUGCAACAGUAACGUGGGAUCUUCUACUAUAAACAAAAGCAAUAAUUUUGUUCCUCAUCUGUAUCAGUUGUGUCCGGCUGACCUGGAUUUUACUCAGUAGUGAGCUGUGGGAUCUUGCUGGCUUUCCUUGGCUGCAAAUGUGGAACCAAAUCAUUACUGUCACAUGUAAUUGAAUGUGUAUGUAUGUGUAAGUAGUUUCACACGCAUACAUGCUAAAUACACAGUGUAUUAGGAAAAUCUUUAUCUGCUCUUGAUGUUCUGCCUAAUAGGAAGAAAACGUGGGAAUUCAUUGAGAUUUAAAAAAAAAAAAUCACUUACUGAGGAAUUGCCUAAGUUUGAGGCAAAUCAUGUGUGAAAAAUUGUUUGGGUCCAAGAGGGGAGAAGCGACUGAUUGCUGCGCAGAAACGUGUUGUGUGAGCAGCGUGGUCCUCACUGCAGCCGUGCUGCGUGUGCUCCCGCGGUUCAGCGGCACAGCACGGUGGGUUUUUGGAGUCACUGCGCCGAGAAAUGCGAGACAAACACACCGCGAAUCGGUGGCAGAGGCUGAGAGCAUAACCCUGAGGUAAUUAUCCCAGGCGUCCUAUCUGAACUGAUCCUAAAUUUAGAAACUGGACUUGCUGCUCGGUGUCAGCCGACGUUCAGCAUUUCCCUCUGCAGCAGUGUCACGUUUAUGCAGAGCACAGCUUCCCGCUGCCAGAGACGCUUUCUCCUUCAUCAUUUUUCAAUAUCGAAUUAGACAAAAUACAUCCACCUUUAUUGUAGGACAGAUCCCUGCGGCAGCUGGGGGGCUGCGUGAGCUGGUAGGUUCCCUCUGGCUUUGAGCCUGGGUCUGUAGGACAUGGACCUCCUGUGCUGCUUUGAAGUGGCUGUGGUCUGGACCGACCCCGCUGUCCUGUCCCGCACAGCCAUGGCAGGGAUUUGGACUAGAACAAGAGGGUUUUACAGACCUUUUAAAUUGUGGUAUUAUGUGCUAUUGUUCCUAAUCCGGUGGAGCAGGCUGUGUACUAACAGUGGGGAGACAGAGGCAGCCUGGAGAUAAAGGGCAGUGACUCUUUUGGAAGCACAUUUAUUACUCUUUUUAACUUUUAAGUGUCCACAGCAGAUUUUUUUUCCUCUUGAUGAGAGUAAUUGCAAAGACUGAUGGGCAGAUGGAUUUUGGCCCAUGGAUCACUUCCGAUUCAAAAGUGAGGCUUUUGUAUACACUGCUUUAACGUGUUUCUUUGCUUUUACAUUAAUCUAAAUGGUAUUAUCCCCUUUCUUUAUCAAUAGCUCUAUAGAAAGAGAUAUACUAUGAUGAAGUCUAUUAGGAAAUGCACUGAGUACUGUUUCUUCUAAAAUAUAAUAUGGGAAGGGGUAUGCAAAAGAAUGUAUUUUUGCUAGUAGCCUAUCUUCUGAGAGAAACUAAGCACAAGAUAUUAAAAUGGAUCCAACUAAUUCAGUAAGACAUUUAGAGUUAGUAUUUAACUGUUGAUGUAGAUUCUGUGUGGAAGCAACUAAAUAUUUCUCCUAUAACUCACAUCUGUUAUAAGCAGACGUUGUUGCAGAGUUUGUCACUGGCUAAUGGAGUAUAAUGAAGUGCAAAAUGUAUACACUAGUAUUAAUUCAUUAACACUUGUAAAUUUGUAAAGCCAAAUGUACCAAGCUGAAGUCUUUAAUCAUUUUUAUAGCUGAUGGCAUUAAACAUGUUAAACAUUCAUAUUAUCAAUAAAGGAUUUUAUUUUUAAGAUG